AUGACCGAGUUGCCUAAAAACAUCGCGUUCGAAGAAUUCAUCCAAUCCGACCUUUUCACCUUCUAUAUCGGAGAAGAGAAGAAGCAGUUCAUCGUGCACUCCAAAGCCGUCGCUGCUACUUCGCCGUACUUUGAUAGGCUCGUCAAUGGCGGGCUGAGUGAGGCGCAGAGUCGGACUGCCGAAAUCGAGGACGUGGAUCCAGAGACCUUCAUUCGCUUCAUGGAGUACGCAUAUCGACGCAACUAUACGACUCCGUUAUGGACGCGAGACCCCACAGCUACCGCUGAGAAUGGGCAGAAGGAUUCAAGUGCUUGUAUGACCCCGUCCCAUGGAUUGGAGCUUAUGAUGUCUGAUGAAGAGCCAGUAGGGCCAACGUUUCAGGCAAUGCCUAUCACCACUAAUUGGGACUCUGGAGGCUGGAACUCCAAUGCAGCUCCCUCCGCCUUUGGUACCAUCCCUUCCACCAGGAACCUCAAAAAGCACAAUAACAACCAAAUGGGCUCGCGUGUUGCGUUCAAUCAGCGCCAAUACAUGCACCCGACUCACAAUGCCUCAAGUCUUCUUCACAUGCAGUUCGACACCCACCCAAACACGUCCCCUACGCAAAACUUCGCCCCUGUGUUUCUAGCACACGCUCGCCUUUACACUCUCGCCGACAUGCACAUGGUGAAACCACUUAAGGAUCUUGCUCUCUACAAACUGCACAGAACCUUGGUAGGAUUCGAGCUGUACCCUGAACGCCUUGGAGAUGUCGUCGAGAUUGCCAGGUAUGCUUACGAGCAUGGCGAGGAUAGGUCCGAAGAUGGGAAAAUCGAUGCGCUGCGCGACAUGGUUGUGAACUACGUUGCCUGCGAGGUGAAGGUGCUCGGUAAGCAUACGGAGUUCAGAAACCUGAUGGACGGAGGUGGAGAGUUUGCAGGGGACUUCUGGGACAUUGUCAGCCAGGAGCUGUUUUAG